AUGCGUUGGAAAGCGCAUUUCUUUCUACACAACGACGAAGAACAACAAAUGAGCAGAAAACAAUCUUACGGCCUGAAAUCGAAACGAGCACCACCACAAGUUCCUGAGAUGAAACAAUUUGAAGAUGAUGUGGCGAAAAUGUUAGAGAAUGUCAAGUUCCGCAGAUACAGCGAUGAUUUCAUCAGGAAGCUAGAAGAAGACAAACGAAGAAUCCGUACAUCUCCCAAUGUUUUCAUCCCAGCCGACAAGACACGCAACAUGUAUGAGAUGAGCGCGGCCGACUACACCAAAAUACUAACCGAAAAUGUGACCAAGACAUACAAGGUAGCCAACGGCAACACCGCGAAGGACAUUCACAACGAACUGAAAACCAUUGCCUCCCACCUCGAAAUCGACAACCGCAUUGAACCAAUGGCCCAAACACCAGCGUUUAUCUCACUUAAGGACCAUAAAGAGAACUUCGAAUAUAACCCGCAAUGCCGUCUUAUUAAUCCUGCCAAGAGCAAUCUUGGCAAGCAAGAUUCGAGUGAAAAUAGACACACCGACAAAGAAGAGGAAAAACUGCAGUUUUGGGAGGAAAUAAGGAAACAAGUUGAAUAUGGUGAAAACAAAGAAGACCGUUGGAAGAGUACAAUUCUUUGGCGUGCUUUUCAGUUUAGUCCAGUAGAUGCAGAAAUGAUCGUAUAUUUAGUUCACCAUGGGGCAGACGUUCGUUCGAAAAACGCAGACGGUGAAACAGUUUUAUUGGUCGCGACAAAACAUGGUUUACUUGAUCUUGCUAAGUGCUUCGUUGAACAUGCUCCCGAAUGGAGUUUUCAAGAAGUUUGCGUGGCUCUUCACAGCGCAAUAGAGUCUCGUUCUUUAGAAAUUGUGAAAUACUUCGUUGACGAUUGUGGAGCUGAUAUAUAUUGUAAAGAUGAGUCAGGCAACACAACUUUACAUCAUGCUGUUGCUAUUGGUGCGAUGGAUAUUAUCAAAUAUUUGGUUGAACAAUGUGGUGCUGAUGUAAAUACCAAGGAUGCCAAUGGAAAGACAGUUCUACACAUUGCUGUUACCAAUAAACUGCUAAAUAUUGUCAAAUAUUUGGUUGAAAAAGGCGUUGAUGUAAAUGCAAAGCGCCCGGAUAGGUUUGCAGCUGUCUCCGCUGCAAUUGUUUCUGGUAAGUUAGACAUUGUGAAGUAUCUAUUUGAGCGGGGCGCUGAUGAAAAUGGCAGGCAUCCGAAUGCAUGGACAGCUCUUUACACUGCUAUUGAUGUUGGUAAAUUGGACAUCGUGAGAUAUCUAGUUGAGAAGUGCGCUGAUGUGAAUGGCAAGAAUCCUGACAGGUGGACAGCUCUUUCCGCUGCAAUUGAUUCUGGUAAGACAGACAUAUUCAGAUAUCUAUUCGAGCGAGACGCUGAUGAAAAAGGCAAGCAUCCUGAUUCGUGGACAGCUCUAUACACUGCUAUUAGAAUUGGUGAACUAGACAUAGUGAGAUAUCUAAUUGAGCAAGGCAGUGAUGUUGAUGGCAAGCAUCCUGACGCGGAGAGGGCUCUUUAUACUGCUAUUGAUCUUGGUAAACUAGAGUUUGUGAGAUAUCUAAUUGAUCAGUGCGCUGAUGCGAUUGAAAGUGGCUCUCGUUGGCGAGAAACGGCUCUUUGCACUGCUGUUGUUGGUGGUAAAUAUGACAUCGUGAGGUAUCUACUUGAGCAGGACGCUGACGUAAACGAGGAGCAUCCGGAUAGAUGGGCAGUUCUCUGCACUGCAAUUGUUUCUGGAAAAUUAGAAAUUGUGAAAUAUCUUUUCGAGCGUGACGCUGGUGAAAAUAGGAAACACCCGGAUAUGUGGACAGCUCUUUACACUGCUAUUGACGUUGGUAAAUUAGAUAUUGUAAGAUAUCUAGUGGAGGAAAGUGCUGAUGUAAAUGGUAAACUUACUAAAAGGCGGGAAGCUCUUUCUGCUGCAAUCUCAUCUGGUAAAUUAGACAUUGUGAGAUAUCUUUUUGAGCGGGAAGUUGAUGAAAAUAGAAAACAUCCGGACGCAUGGACAGCUCUUUACACUGCUAUCAAAAUUGGUGGAUUGGACAUUGUGAGAUAUUUAGUUGAGCAGGGCGCUGAUGUGAAUCCUGACACGUGGAAAACUCUUUCUGCCGCCAUUUCUUUUGGCAAAUUAGACAUUGUGAAAUAUCUAUUCGAGCGGGAGAUUGACGAAAAUGGCAAGCAUCCUGAUGCGUGGACAGCUCUUUGCACAGCUAUCGAUGUCGGUGAAUUAGACAUUGUAAGAUAUUUAGUCGAGAAAGGCGCUGAUUUAAUUAGUAAUGACCUUGACGGUUCGACAGCUCUUUUCACUGCCGUUGUUGGCGGUGAUAUGAACAUUAUAAGACACUUAGUCGAGAAGGGCGCUGAUGUGAAUAUCAAAGGAACUGAUGGACGAACAGUCUUGCACGCUGCUGUCAAUGCUGGUGCACUAGAAAUUGUAAACUAUUAG